ACAAUGAACAUCCGCGCGAUUGUACUCUGCGUAUUCACUAUAAUAAGUGACAAAGUAUCUUGCAAAAGUAAAUCACGUCCUUUUCCUCCGGAGUUCAUGUUUGGGGCGGCGACUUCUGCCUACCAAGUCGAAGGAGGGUGGCAUGAAGACGGUAAAAGUCCAUCUAUCUGGGAUGUAGCCUGCCACUCAGAUCCUACCCUAAUCAAAGACGAGACCACAGCAGACGUAGCAGCAGAUUCCUACCACAGAUUCCAUCAAGAUGUCACUGUAGCCUCAGACCUAGGCUUGGACUUCUACAGAUUCUCCAUCUCAUGGCCCAGGGUCCUGCCCAACGGAUUCUCUGACAAAAUAAACCACCUUGGCAUGGACUACUACAAUGAACUUAUAGAUAAACUUUUGGCCAGAAAUAUUAUUCCGAUGGUAACGAUAUACCAUUGGGAUCUCCCUGAUAAUCUGCAAAAAAUCGGAGGCUGGGCCAAUCCUGCGAUAGUUGACAUUUUCGUUGAUUAUGCGAAGUUCCUGUUUAUAGGAUUUGGAGAGAAAGUCAAGUAUUGGAUUACUUUUGAUGACCCUAGAGAAAUAUGUGUUAGUGGAUAUGGAUCUGCACAAAAGGCUCCGUUCGUAAAUAUUUCUGGUGUAGCUGAGUACAUGUGCACUCGUAACGUAUUAUUGGCUCAUGCUAAAGCUUAUCAUUAUUAUGAUGAAGAAUUGAGGAAAACACAAAACGGAAGUAUUGGGAUUUCUCUUGGAUUCGCAUGGUAUGAACCCACGUCUGAUACGACUGAGGAUCAUCAGGCUGCAGAAGAUGCCAGGCAGUUUGAGUGGGGCCUAUACGCACAUCCAAUAUUUUCAAAAGCUGGUGACUAUCCACAGGAAGUGAAGAAAAGUGUAGCAUACAAGAGUGCAGAACAGAGUUUCCCUAGAUCUCGCUUAAUAGAACUUUCUCCUGGAGAGGUGGCUCUGAUUAGAGGAUCAGCAGACUUUCUAGGAGUUAAUGCGUUUACUUCGAAGCUAGCGUACAGGGACGCGUCUUUAGAGGGCAUGUACCCUGUGCCCUCCUUCAAGGAUGAUAUGGGAGCUGUGUUGGUCAAGGAUCCCUCAUGGACGCAGUCAGAAAGCAGCUGGUUACAGGAAGUGCCAUGGGGAUUUUUCAAGCUUCUAAAUGAAAUUAAAUCUUUGUAUGACAAUCCACCAGUGUUUAUAACUGCUAACGGCUGGUCUACAGCGGGAGGUCUGCUUGAUGAAGACAGGAUCAACUAUUUGAGGACCUAUCUCAAUGCUUUACUGGACGCUAUUUACGAAGGUUGUGACAUCAAGGGCUACAGUGUUUGGUCUCUUAUAGACACUUUUGAAUGGCGAAGUGGGUAUUUAGAAAAGUUCGGCCUUUACGAAGUGGACUUCUCAAGUCAACAGAAGACGCGGACUCCGAGAAAAUCUGCGUUCAUUUAUAGGGAAAUGAUCAGGUCCAAAAAAUUGAAUCCGGACUUCGAACCGGAAAAAUUCAUUGUUGAAGUUUCCAAAGACGUACCUGAAAAAUCUAAUGUUGAUAAUGAUGUUUUGUGAUUUACUUAAUAACUUCUAGUUUAAGUAGUCAUGACUAGCCACUGCCUGCAACUUGAUCCGCGUAGAAUAGUGCCUUAAUGCAGAUUUUUUUAUCUUAAAAAGUUAAAUUGAAAUCCGUCCAUUCGUUCCGAACAGGAACGUGUGUCAGCAGAUAAAGUAAUUAGACAAACGGACAAAUAGGAUUUAUGUUUCUCGUUUUUUUCUAUUAAGUACUAUUUUCUUA